GAGAGUACUUGAAUGAAUCAACAUGGCCGCGCUCUUGUAGAGAAACUAACUUGUGAAAAUGGCUGCAUUACGUUCAGUAUCAAGUGUUUAUCGACUUGGACAGUCCCUACAACGCCUUUCUGUCACAGAUAACCUUCAAGGUUUUAUACGAUGCAUUGGAUCUCAGGGAGCAGUCAGUGAUCGUCUCCAUAAGAAACCCAGUCUCCAUGGACACAUUCAAACAAUGAUUUCUCCCCAGCAGUCAGUUACAGAGCAUUUACCCUUCAAGCUUCACAAUAAGACACCAGAAAAAGAAUACAUUUGUCCAUCACGGCUAGGCCUUACACAACCUGCUGUGGCAAUACUGGAUCAGUCUAUUUCUAAACAAGGGGUGCUAGACUGCCCCACUCUUCCUCAAGCUUUGCGAGAUGUCAUUGCUCCAGAAGGAGAGAUCAAGGUCAUCUACGACCCACACUCCCAUAAGGCACCAGCGAAGGAAGCAAAGCACAUUCUGAAAAUAAGGAGGAGGAAAAUGAACCGGCAUUUGUUGAAAAAGUUUCGUAAACGGAUGUUGUUUACAUUGAGAAAACAAAGGAAAGAUCUGAGGAGGAAGAAAGUGAAGAUAUUUCGGGAAGAGCUGCGCAUGAUCACGAAGAGUGGGGAGGACUUUGAUGCUAUGGCGCAUGUUCGUAGUGAGCUUGAAAUAGCUCGGAGAGGAGGGUUUUAUAUUGAAAUAUUACCUAAGGACUCAAGUUGAGAUGAAUGCUGUGAGGUGCUGUAAUGUUUCACUGAAGUAUUGUUGCAUCGCGAUACUUUGUUCCACAAUAGAGUAUAAGACCAUGUAUAUCAUGGAAAUCAAAGGAUAUUUUAUUAUUUAUGAUAAAUGAUAAAGUUCAUCGUUAUUAGUUUUACUGGCCAAAGUACAAAGUUUUGUAUUUUGUGAGCCUCAGGUUAGUCCUAAUGGUUUCCCAUAUUGUAUUGUAUCAUCCUGACAUGCGUUGUAUCACCUUGACGUGUCUUGGUACAGCCCUAGUGCUAUUCAAAUGAUGAGUGUAAACAAGAUUAGCUUGACUUGGAAAAUGGUUCUGUUACCACGGUUCCAAAAUGAAAUAAAGGAAUGUGUGAUGCAAA